UGAGGCUCCGCGUGCGCCUCGUUGCAGAGCUCAGCGCGAGAGAGGCGCGCGGCGCCACGUGCUGCCAUGGCAACGUCCCCAAGAGGAUGGGCUCUGGCCUCUGAGCAACCUGUGCUCUUUCGAACCGCUCCUCUUUCAGGAAUCUCUGAGAAAAGAGGAAAAAAGAAGAAGAGUGAAUAGAAGGGGGAGAAACAGAGGAAGGGGUGAGGAUGGAGAAGGAGAGCAAGGCGUCCACCCAGUAUGGAUCCCUGGAGUCAACCAAGUGGCAAGGAGCAGAAACAGGCAAAGGAGAUGAAAUUGUAUCCAUGGCUGACUCCACUACUACCAUUGAUGACAUUGAAGGCGAGCUUUUCAAAAUUGAAAGGAUCCGUGACGUCCUGGUGCGGAGGGAGUCAGAGCUGAGAUACAUGAUGGAUGACAUCCAACUAUGUAAGGAAAUCAGCAGGUUGAAAAAGGAGUUGCAGAAGCUGAUUGCAUUGCCAGAGAAUAAAAAAUCAAAAGAAGAGAAGAAACAAGAGGAGGAAUUAGUGCAACAAAUUCACAAACUUGUGGAGACCCGUGAUUUCCUUGUGGAUGAUGUGGAGUUUGAAAGGCUCAGAGAACGAGAAGAAGACAAGGAAAUGGCUGAAUUUUUGAAGAGCAAGCUUUCUAAAACCUGCCUUCCAAAAACAACUUCUACAAAAGAAAAGAAGAUGAUGUCAAAAGGACAGCAAACCUCCACACCAUAUGUAACAAAGACAGGCCUCACCCUCUUGAAGGAGUGCUGCGGCUUUACCUGCUCGGUCAUGUAGGUUGGGGCUGUUGUCUACAUCUCAAAACAAGGCACAUUCAUGGGUCAGCCCUACCCACCUUCUGGUCAACUGGAUCCAUUCAAAUCAUAACAGAUUCACAGAACAGAGACAAGGGAUUCAUUUUGCAGACAACAUGGAAAUUAGAAGCCCAUGUGGAAAUCAUCUGGUGCCCCAAGAGAUGAAUGGCUACUCCCUGCUUUCACAAUCCAUUUGGCAUUGGGUAAGAAAAAAUGAGAGAGACCACUAGACUACAGACAAAUUUUCAAGACUGCUGCCUUUCCCAGCCCUUAAUACAAAGGGCAAUUUAAUGGGGAUCCCAAUCCAGAAUACUGUUGGAUGGUAAAUCAGAGAAGAUUUAGGGGAGUGGGAGUAAAAUAUUACAGUGGAAGAUCUUUCCCUCCCUCCUUCCCAUUCUCUCCACAUUGCUGGUGGAUUAAGUCUUUCUCUUGUUUCCAGACAAUCUGAUAGCAGGGAGAAUCAGCAGAACUACCUUCAUUCCUACUGCCCAUUAAUGGAGAGUGUUGCACCUCCUAAUCCCUCCCUUCAUUAGCAGGUGACAUACAAGCCGACAUACUCCUGGAAAGUUACCUAGCAACUGUGGGGCUCUCUCAUUGUACUGUAUCAUCUCCGCAAAGCUUGCUUCCAUGUACAAAAUGUCAGCAAUUUACAGUCUUCUUAGAUUCCCACCCAGCAGUGAGCCUGUUCAAAGAUUAAACUUCCAUUCUUGUUCUGUUUACUACAAAGAUAGGUGGCAAAUCAAGGGCUGUUUCACAUCUGAAGGUUUUCCUACCCAGAUGGAAAUGGACAAAAGGAAUCUACAUGCACAUUGUCAUGUGCGAAUGCACAUUGUUGUGCUUUGCUUUGCUAUGUCUAUGUGAGCAUUAUGCUACUGUAGCAAAAUAGACACCUGUAUGAUCUCCAUGUGCAGUGAAAAUCUUAUAGAAGCAGGGCUGACCCAAGAAACUUUGCUGCCUGAAAUGGAGCAGGGGCAAAUGUGUGCACAAACACACUGCCGUGUAAAUCCAUUUAUUGCAGCAAAUGAGACCAAAAAUGUCACAAGUAUUUUUUUUCUAUUUUCCCAGAAACAAAACAUACAGCAAUUACAUAGAAAUAACUAAUACUUUACUGCCUUUUUACAAUAUUCAGAUUCUGCCACUUGAGGUGGCAACCUUAUUCUGCCCAAUGGUAGGGCCUGGCUUCCUACAUACAAAGAAAAGAGCAUAUAUUAAGACCUCCCAUAAAUGAUGCAUUAUUUAACCUUAAAGUAUUUCUCAUGGCAUAUCCUAUCUCUCUUUUGAAAUUCCUGUGGACAUUUUUCUAUAGCAUCUCCAUAUCCUUCUUUUUGGUUAUUUUUUGUUUUGAGAAAAGGGAAGAAAUCUGUUUCUUACCCGUCUUUGCCUAGCAAACUUAGAUACUUCCCCUCCGCAACCAAGGAGUUGAGUAUCUUCAGGUCUAAAGUGAAAUGUUAGACAAAUGGGAUGCCUCAGGAAACAGGGCCCCCUACAGAAUAAUCUUCUGUGUUUCUGCCAGCAGUUUGUUUUUAAUGGCUGGAACAGACAGAGGCAAACAAAUGUGUCCUGAUCAGCUGGGUGGCUGUAAGGUUUGUGAUACCGAGCCUUUUCAGGGAAGAGCCAAAACUGAGAUAGUCUUUGUAGCUCUCAAAUUGCAUUGAAGCUCUGAAGAAUCCCUGCAUGUUAAUGUCUUCAUUUGAAAUGUUGUGUGUAGAUGAAUAAACACAAAGACCUCUGCAUUAG